GUUCACAUUUUCAUCACUUGCGCUAUUCAUAACAUUCACGUGUACCGUGUGCGGCCGGUAAACGCAUGGGCAAUGAUUUCUCAUGGGGAAGUGUUGCUGAAAGAGUCGCUUCUGUGUGAGAGGAUGAUCUCGUCCACAAAUACAAAAGGCGGCAUGUGGAGCGAUCGGUUGACUGAAUGUACCAGUUAGAGCGUCGUCUUCGAAGAUAACUGCACGGUUAUUCGUAGCAUCGGCGAGCACUGUUUCAUGCAACAAGUUGUGAGUUUUCGCAGUUUUAUUGAUCAUAUCCAGCCGCUAACUGCUCUUCAGCAAUGUUAUCGUAUGGAAAGUGAAGGACGAAUGAGCAAAACAUGUCUGUCUAAUAAGAUCGGUGCGUCGUUAAUGAGGCAAUAUACUGCGGAACCAUAGUCAAAGAUCUUGGAAAUUUUGAGCCGUUGCCUCUGAGGUUCGACCACACGUGCAUCCCUGACAAGGAAACAGUGGAUUAUUAAGUGAAUCCUACCGGGUUGUCUGAGUCAAUAUAAAGAAUGUCGGUUACUUCUGGAGCGAUUGGGCGCUCUGUCCUUUUACAGGGUGCAGAGGAGGUGGAAGAUCUGAAAAAUUGUCGUUACACAAAUCGCAAGCCUAAUAUAUGGGACAGAGUGACAUUUGGCUUUCUAACAGGGAUAAUCUUGAAAGGGUCGUGGGGUACCAUUCAAGCCAGGGAUCUCAACCCUCUUCACACGUUAUUCACUGCCGAAGACGCCUCCAAUAAACUGCUUCGUCUAUGGAGCAAAAAGUAUAAUCGUUUUCGACAUAGAGAUGGCAAUGACACGGUACAUGACGACCCCGCCGAUGGUGCUGAUAUUGAGGUGCUCAUCCGGCCUGACGCAAAGCCGACAAAAAUUAAUAUGGUGUGGCUAAUCUUCAGAACAUUUUGGCCACACUUCUUAUUUGCCUUUUUCUGCAAGAUCCUCCAGAUGUUUAUAGAUCUUAUACCACCAUACCUCAUCGGCCGUUUGUUGGACUUCCUGGAGAACGAAGAACAGCCUCAAUAUUACGGUUAUGGGGUUGCCGGCGUUCUCUUCCUUGCGCAGCAAACAUCGUCAUUUCUGCAGGCGCAUAUUUACGGGACUCUAUUUAAUAUAGGCAUCAAGUGUCGUUCAGGAUUUUCAUCUGUGAUUUAUCAAAAGGCAUUACGUCUUUCAUCGAAGUCUAGUAAGGAAUUUUCGACGGGUGAUAUCAUCAAUUUAGUUUCUGUUGACCUCGAAAAUGUCAUGUGGAGUACGACCAUGUCCGUGUGUCUUUGGGGAUCACCCAUAAAUAUGCUUCUUACCUUUGUCAUGAUAUAUCAGUAUCUUGGGAUCUAUUCGUUGGCGGCAGCCGUGGCAAUCGUUUUAUUUGCCCCUUUUUCCGCUCUCAUGGCUAAAAUUGAGUCUGCCCUCCAGGAUAAGCACAUGAAGAAAAAGGAUGAACGCAUCGAACUACUCACUGAACUGUUCAACAAUAUCAAGGUUAUUAAAUUGUAUGCGUGGGAGAAUUCAUUUAUGGACCGAGUGAAAAAUAUUCGUACGGAGGAAUCACGGCUCAUGUACAUCUAUUUAGGAGCCUGCAACGCGUUUGGAUUCGUAUGGAACUGUUUUCCUUUUAUCAUCUCCGCUGCUGCUCUGGGCGCCUAUAUUUUCCUCAACACGUCCACCUUUCCGUCACCGAAGAUGGUUCUCGUGUCUCUCUCGUACUUCAGUAACAUGCGCUUCGAUCUGACCGCCUUUCCAUACGCUGUGUCGUCGACGGUUAAGGCGGUCGUCUCAUUAAAAAGAAUCCGAAAAUUCCUCGAGGCAGAUGAGGUAGACCCAUGUGUUAUCCAAGAGGACGGCUUAGACGAAAACGAAGAAAUCGCAUUGAAAAACGCGACGUUCGCAUGGACAGAUGAGGAUGAUUCGAUUCUAAGUGAUGUCAGUCUUUCUAUUAAGAAAGGCGAACUCGUCGCCGUUGUGGGUUCGGUAGCCGCAGGAAAAUCGUCAUUGAUCCAGGCCAUUAUUGGGGAAAUGAACUUAAUAUCAGGAUCCAUACACAAAAAGCGAACGUCCCAGAUUGCCUAUGUACCUCAGCAGGCAUGGAUUCUUAAUAACACGAUCCGAAAAAACAUACUAUUUGAUCAGCCAUAUCGAGGCUCCGCUUAUCAGGAUAUUGUACGAAAAUGCUGUCUUAUACCCGAUCUAAAAACAUUGCCUGCUGGCGAUGGAACGGAAAUCGGAGAGAAAGGAAUAAAUCUCUCGGGAGGCCAGAAGCAGCGAGUCUCGCUUGCUAGAGCUGUCUACCAUGAUGCCGACAUUUACCUUCUGGAUGAUCCAUUAAGUGCUGUCGAUGCACAUGUCGCACAAUCACUGUUUAACGACAUCAUCGGCCCAACGGGGCUGCUACGAAACAAGACACGUCUUCUCGUCACGCAUUCAAUAGCCUUCUUGCCGAAAGUUGAUAGGAUUAUUGUCCUAGAGGAGGGCCGUGUUACCCAUCAAGGGACGUACCCAGAAAUUAUGAAGGGUAACGUCCAUCUUAAGGAACUAAUUGAGACACACGCUAAACCCGAUAUUGACGAUACUCUCCCACCAUCAUAUUCUACGUAUGAUGGAAAUAUCAAACUAGAAAUGGCCGAGCGGUUAUCCUUGAAUAUCAAAGACGAUAAACCAUUGCUUGUGCGCAAGCGAACGACCUCAGUCUCGAGUAUCAAUUCGACAGGAAGUGGCAGCCGGCAACUCUCGGACGUACCGUCAGGCCGUAUCACAGACGAGGAAGAGGUACAAGUAGGCAAAGUCCGGUGGGCCGUCUACGUCGAGUUCCUUUGGAAAUUCGGCAUUUUUGGUAUCUUCUUUGUGCUUGCCGGUUACAUCACAUUCAGAACGGCUGACGCGUUGUCACUUCGGUACAUCACGCUUUGGGCGGCCGAGAUGCAUAAAAAUCGUACAAGCAAUGAAGACAUGUGGCAACAUAUAGAAGUAUACCUCGCAUAUGGAGGCGUACAAGCCAUCUCGAUUCUUGUAGGAUUAACAGCUCUUUCACUUGGAUGCAUCUGGACAUCAAGCGCACUACACAAUAAGAUGCUUCUCUCCAUACUAAGGGCUCCGAUGAACUUCUUUGACUCAACGCCCACCGGCAGAAUUCUCAACAGAUUUAGCAGAGACGUUGACGAGCUUGACCUAAAUCUGUACUCAACGGCGGAUGGAUACUUAGAGACGACUGUAGGUCUGACAAUUCUGCUGACAAUGGUUUGCAUUCAAAUACCAAUUUUUCUCUGUAUUCUAGCACCGCUACUCGUACUUUUCCUAAUGAUUCAGCAAUUCUACAUGGCAUCUUCCCGUCAAGUGAAACGCCUAAACGCCAUUACUAAAUCGCCCGUUCUGAACUCGUUCAGCGAAAGCAUAGCCGGCACUGUUAGUAUUCGAGCAUAUUCGAUGGAGGGUAGUUUCACGGCGCGAAACAUGCAGUUGCUCGACAACAAUCAAAAUUGUAUGUUUCACGAGUAUAACGGCUACAGAUGGUUAGCUAUUCGGCUGAACAUAAUUGGACAGUUAAUGGACACAGCUGUGUGUUGCAUCUUAGUAUUUUUUUCGGUGAAAGCUGAACUCGGUGCAUUAAUUCUAAGCUACGCUCUCGAGGCUAGUAUGGCUCUCACGUGGGUAACAAGACUAGGCGCUCAAGUUGAAAACUCAUUGGUAUCCGCCGAACGUGUCCUGGAAUACGGCAAAACAAAACCUGAAGCCGACUGGGUUGUAAAACAGGAACAGGUGGAUCCAUCAUGGCCGUCCCGAGGAGAAGUUCGUUUCGAAAACUACUCAACCCGAUACCGCGAGAAUUUAGCCCCCGUGCUACGGGGCAUCAAUCUGGAGAUAAAUGCGGGACAGCGUAUUGGCAUUGUAGGUCGAACAGGUGCUGGUAAAAGCUCACUUACACUCGCCUUGCUAAGAAUCAUGGAGGCAACUGAGGGCCGAAUCUGCAUUGAUGGAGUGGACAUCGCCAAAUUAGGUCUGCAUACGUUGCGUUCCCGAGUAGCUGUGAUACCUCAAGACCCUGUUCUCUUCAAAGGUCCGCUAAGGGAUAAUGUAGAUCCCGAAAAUAAAUACAGCGACGAGCAGAUCUGGACAGCGCUAGAGAAAGCACAUCUUAAAACUAAAGACAAACCAAUCAGCUAUCAAGUGGAAGAAGGUGGCGCUAACCUUUCAGUCGGCGAGCGCCAGUUGGUGUGUCUUGCGCGAGCCCUCUUGCGACAAUCUAAUUUGAUAAUAUUGGACGAGGCUACGGCAGCAGUUGAUCUGGACACAGACAAACUAAUUCAAAAAACAAUUCGGGAUGAUUUUACGGCCUCCACUGUUAUUACGAUUGCGCAUCGACUUCAUACUAUCUUGGAUUACGAUAAGGUUGUGGUACUGGAUAAAGGCCAGGUCACCGAAGUAGGCACUCCACAGGAACUUCUUGACAAACACGAUGGCAUAUUCAGCUCAAUGGCUAAGGAUGCCAAUAUUAAGACCAUUGCAGUAGCGACCUCGUCAUCAUCGGACUCAUCAACCCUAUCUGCAAAAAUAGUAGAGGAGCCCACGCAAACAUUGGAGAUUGCGGUACAUAUUCCGCCUAGUGAAGCAUCGGAUGCCGCAGAUGUAAAGAACAGCGAUGAGCAAACUUAGGCGGCUGGUGAUAACCACGACAUGUGAAAGGACGCUUCGAAGUAUAUUAGUCAGGCGAUGCCUGGGCUUUCAACUCGAUCAGAGAAAAAGAGGCUCAGCAUGGAUGUUAGCAUUUUGAAGGUCCCACGAAUCUUCAAUGUAAACAGAUUCCUAAAAAACUUCGCCGGCUCUGAAUCGUCAACCUACCGUCGAAUAUAAGAGCUAUUUCUAACCGCGACUUACGUUCAGCCUGAGUCAAAUGGUGCGUGUGAAGCCGCACAAAUGUAGAGCUGUAAUAGUUGGGAAAUUAACCCUGUGUCAUGAAAAUUGUACCCUAACGUAGGAAAAAUACUCUGUACUAUGUUGCUUACCGUUGCGGUACUACAUUAAUGUCACCAUUUUGCGAGUAUUUAAUGUCUGAAAACUGCUAAUGUCAACUACCACUAAUUACAGUUAACCUAAAAUCGCUAACUAAUGGCGCAGACAAUUACCAGGUACACAUUCUCGAACUCUAGAAUGUGUUAGGGAGAAAAAUUUUAAAGAAAAGUUUUGUGACUGAUAUCUGUAGCAUUUUACAAUAAUAAAAAUGGUUAUACAUAUAACCAUUUUUAUUAUAUAUAUAUAUUGCUAAAAAAUUUGAGCUUUAGAAGUUAACUGUAUUUGAAUAUAUACGUUUAAGAUGCCAAUAUGUUUCUACAGAACUACAGAGCGUUGUCGUUUUUCAAGAAAAGGCUAAUUAUGGCUUGAACGCUUGACGUAGUUGUUCCCAAAACGGUAUAUAGCUGUAAUGUUCGUGUAACGGGUUUGAUGCAGUGGCCUUCCUUUAUUUAUACCAAAUAUAUUGAGUACAUUAUUGAAGACGUUUUUCCAAACAUUUCUUUAUUUUCUUCCGAAACUGUUUUAAAACCUAAAUUGUUUUGAGCCUUUUUCUUCGACACUAUUGAACCGUAAUCUGCGACCAGAAAUAAAUAGAAAUUUGCAAAACA